AUGCAGGCCCAGACGGUUGGCGGCGUGACGAUCCGCGCCCCGCUGCCACCAGAGUACCGCUCCAUCCUCACCCCCGAGGCCCUCCAGUUUGUGGCGCACCUGUCCCGGUGCUACGCGCCGCGCGUGGGGGAGCUGCUGGAGCGGCGCAAGCAGGUACAGGCGCGGUACGACGCGGGAGCCAAGCCAGACUUCCUGCCGGAGACGCGCCAUGUGCGCGAAAGCGACUGGAAGGUGGGGCCCCUGCCUGUGGACCUGCUGGACCGGCGGGUGGAGAUCACGGGCCCCACCGACCGCAAGAUGGUCAUCAACGCGCUCAACAGGUGCCGCGCCUCGCCCAAACAAAGCCUGGCGGCGGCGCCCGCGGUGCUGCCUUACUGCGGGGGGCAAGACGUACCGCUGAAUGACAAGGUGGCGGUGAUGCUGGUACGGCCUCGCGGGUGGCACCUGUGGGAGAAGCAUGUGGCGGUGGAUGGCUCCCCCGUGCCGGGCGCCCUGUGGGACUUUGGCCUCUACUUCUUCCACAAUGCGCGGGAGCUGCUGGCGCGCGGCUCGGGCCCCUACUUCUACCUGCCCAAGAUGCAGAGCCACCUGGAGUGCCGGCUGUGGAACGAAGUGUUUGUGGAGGCGCAGCGCUGGCUGGGCAUCCCCAGCGGCACCAUCAAGGCCACGUGCCUGAUCGAGACGCUGCCCGCCGCCUUUGAGAUGCACGAGUUCCUGUACGAGCUGCGGGACCACUCGGCGGGCCUCAACUGCGGGCGCUGGGACUACAUGUUCUCCUUCAUCAAAACGCUGCGCAACGACCCCACCCGCAUCUUUCCCGACCGAGGCCUGGUGGGCAUGGACCAGCCCUUCCUGCGCGCCUACACCCAGCUGGUCAUCCAGACCUGCCACAGGCGGGGCGUGCACGCCAUCGGCGGCAUGUCGGCGCUGAUACCCGUCAAGGGCGACCCGCGCGCCAACGAGGCCGCGUUUGACAAGGUGCGGGCCGACAAGCUGCGUGAGGUGACGGAUGGGCACGACGGCACCUGGGUGGCGCACCCCGGCCUCAUCCCUGUGGCCAAGCAGGUGUUUGAUGCGCACAUGCGCGAACCCAACCAGAUCCGAUCCAAGCCGCGCCACGACGUGCGGGCCAGCCAGGAGGAGCUGCUGAAGGUGCCCGAGGGCCCCCGCACACUGGCCGCGCUGCGCAACAACAUCGGCGUCUCCAUCGCCUACCUGGAGGCCUGGCUGGGGGGCAACGGAUGCGUGCCGCUGCACAACCUCAUGGAGGACGCCGCCACCGCGGAGAUCAGCCGCUCCUCGGUGUGGCAGUGGCUGCGCUACGGCGUGAAGCUGGACGACGGACAGCCGCUGACCGUGGACCGAGUGUGCCUGGCCAUACAGCAGGAGCUGGACGCGUUGCGCCAGCAGGCGGGCAACGCGCGCUUUGCCACGGGCCACUACCUGGAGGCGGCAACCCUGUUCAAGCUCAUGGUCACCAGCACCGAGCUGCAGGACUUCCUCACUCUCACCGCCUACGACUUUUUGGUGGCCACCGAGUUUGGGCCCACCUGGGGCGCUCCCCAGCAGGGAGGCAGCGCCGCACGCAGCCGCCUGUGA